UGGGGCCCCCGGGCAAUAGGGGAUCAUGGGGCCCCUGUGUCCUUGCCCACACUCAAAAAAGCCUAUAAAAGGUACCAGGGCAUCUCAUGGGGCCCCCUACUGACCCCGGGCCCUCGGGCACAUUCUUCUAUGAACCCAGGGCUUCUUGAUGAUAGGUGGGUGGUGGUGACCAGGGGCAGACUGACAACUCAUGGGGCCCCGGGCAAUAGGGGAUCAUGGGGCCCCUGUGUCCUUGCCCAAACUAAAAAAAGCCUAUGAAAAAGGUACCAGAGGCAUCUCAUGGGGCCCCCUACUGACCCCGGGCCCUCGGGCAGUGCCCGAGUUUCCAAAUGGUCAGUCCACCCCUGGCGGUGACACAUCCUUAAAGCUGAACUUUACAAAAAAGGAAAA